GGGCAGCUGCCGCCGGGGCUCCCCGGGCCCGCGGCCUCCCCGCGCGGGCAUGGCGGGCCGCACGGUGCGGGUGGGCGGCCUCCCCGCCGACCUGCCCCCCGACAGGGUGGCCGACAAGCUGACCAUCCACUUCCUGCGCUCCCGCAACGGCGGCGGGGAGAUCGCCGACCUCCGGGUGCUGGCCGGCCCCCCGGCCUGCGCCCUCAUCACCUUCGAGGCGCUGGAAGUGGCCCAGAGGAUCCUGAAGGCGAAGAACCACGUGCUGUCGAUCGGAGGGAAGGAAUACCCGCUGGACGUGACGGCGCACGCCGCGGAGCCGAGCCCUGACGAGAUCUUCAUACGUGUUUGCAUGAUAGUUGACUAUGGCAAGCUUCCUGCUGGAAAAAACCCUCCUGAGGAACUUGCAUAAAGGCUACAGCAAUGUGCAGUUUGACUUUGACUCCAAGAACACACACUGCAUAGUCAAGGGACCAUUCACGGAGCUGCAGGCCUUCAGCAGAGACCUGCUGGGCAGCCUGAACCUCGAGAGCCAAGCUGCUGGAGAGAUCCUCCUGCCAGGUUCCAGCCACGUGGCCAAAGAGACCAGAACGCACGGUCACCAGCAAGCACUUGACUCUGCUCAGUCAGCACGAGAGACAGCAAAGCUGCAGAACUGGGACCAGGCAAGUGAAAAGGCAGCUGAAGUCCCAUCACCUCGGGGCCCAGUGGAUGGGGAAGCUGUGGAACAGCUGGAGGACUUUUCCCUAGUGAUGGACUCGGACAUUUACUUGUACAUGCAGAGGUUCUGUGCCACCGAGUACCAAGGUGUGCUACACCAGCAUCGUGUGGAUGUGGUGGAUGUUAGCAGCGAUGGCAUCGCUAUACUGUACCUCCAGCCAGCUGUAGGUGUGUCUGGGGACAUGGACGCCUUGCGACAGGCCCGUCUGGCCCUGCAGCAGCUUUACCAGCACCUGGAGGUGAGCUUGCGCAAGGAGAAUAUCGCCAAGGAAGGACUGGAUAUGGACAGCCAGGCACUCGGGGCUCUGACACGUGAGCUGAAGAAACUGUAUCCCCAGUUGCUCUGCCAUGAGGACGAGAAGCAGCUUUGUCUUAUUGGAAACCUCGUUGAUGUGUCCCAGGCCAAGCAAUACCUUCAGGAUUUCAGCACCAGAGGUGCUGCGCACGCAGUUGGCAUGUUCAGCAGCUCCCUGCUCUCACGCCCAGCAACCUCCUGUCCCACAGAGGCUGCACUGCACAAGCCCAAGGCACCUGUGGACACUUCAGCCUCAAGGCUCAGCCCAGGCAGGCCGGAGCUGAAAGGUGAGCUCAAGCUAGCUGCCAGCUUCAGCACACUGAAAGCUGAGAGGUCUCAGGCCAGCCGGGGCCUGAGUGGUCCAAGUGACCCAACAGCACCAACCCAGCAGUUCCAGCCUCAUGACUCUAGAACAGAUGUGGUUUUGGAGUCAGCAGCAGAGUCUCAGCAGAAGGACCCCAAAGCAUGGCACCGUGUGAAAGGAGGUGCCAGGCUUAUAAAACACAAGGCUCUGUCUCCCUUUGGGGGCAAAGAGAAUAGCACUUCGCAGCAUCCUGGGGACUCUAAAGGCUCAGGUCCCAUCAAGCACCGCCCCCUCACUAGCAUAUCUAGUACCUUUGACGUGACAAGCACCUCUUCUGCUUUAGACACUAAACCCUCUGAAUCCAGGCCUCUGCUGCGACGUUCCAACAGCUUUUCCCUGCCAAGGUCAAAGGAAAGCGAUAAGCCCCAAGACAGUGUCAGGGCAGGCGGUGGAGGCAGGAGGGUGAGUGAAGAAAUGAACCUGGACUCUCUGCAGUGGUCUUACCUGAAAGACGUUUGUCACGCUGCUAUUGAUGACCUGUGCAGGGAUGGAGGUGUGCAGAUCUCAGAGCAUCGUACUGGGGACUGCACUGUGCUGACUCUACAGACGGCAGACAGGGGCAAGCUUUUCCAGGCUAAAUGGAAGGUGGAAGCUCUUGUGCAAAAGUGUCCUGACCUUGUGUGUCAGAGUAUGAGCUACUCGGAGCUUGCUCUAGAUGGUCCAGAUGACAGUGCCCUGAGUGAACUGUGCAGCCUCUUGCAAGGAAACUCCCUCCAGGUUGGACUCACCAAAGACAAGUACAAGCUAUAUCUUGCCUGCCCCAAGGAGAUGCUGCCAGGAGUGACUGAGGCUUUCCACGUGUUUUCUUCCAAGAGGCUCCAUGCCCUGAAGUCUUCAUCUUUGUCUCCAGGACAAGAGAGUACAGGGCACUCAAGUGUGAUCCAGCCAAGCAGAAGCCAGGACACGGUUCUGGGUGCUGCCCUUCCCAGCAGCCUGGAUUCCCUACACAUGGGCCUCCAGCACCUGAACAUUAAUGACAAAGCAGACCACGUGGAUGCGCUCAGGGCUCUCCAGCUGCCAGAGGCUGAGGAAAAGAGGUCCGCCAGUUCUUGGAGGUUCCAGCAGGCACUGGGGCAGGAGGAGGACAAUGGCCAUGCUGAUUUUGGGGCUGUGCAAGGAAGAAGCAGCCUUCAGAGCCCUGGCGUAGUGGAUAAGCCAAGUCCUGCUGGUCUGAGGGAGUCCCUGGAACAGCCGAAGACAAAAUUGUCUGCAGAGGAGCCUGACAUUGCACGGCUGAAGCAGGUUUUGGUGGACAGAUUCCAGUUCGCAAGAGACAAGAGCCGGGGAGGCCAGAAGGAAGCGGUGGGACAGCUGCGCUCACCCGUGUCUGCAGCAGACGGGGCUCCUCACUCCCUGCCCGCCUGGCUGUACAGGGCUGCGGCCGCCGAGCCACCCGAGGCUGCAGCCCAACAGUCACCUGCAGCAGAGCCCGGGGGCCGGGAAGGGGCCCUGCUCCCAGCGGGCAGGAGCAGUGUGCAGGGGCAGCCCGCCCUCUCGUCACGGCAGACAAGAGGCCCCAGCCUUGGACAGGAAAGCAGCAAGACACCUCUGGGCCGGUGCGAUGCCUGCCAGGGCUCAGGUGUGACCUGCCAGGCCCCCUGCGGUCACGCCUUGUGCAGGACAUGCUUCGCAGUGGACAGUGGGCAGCCAGCUUGCUGCAGCUCCUCCUCCGUUGCCCCAGGCUGCAGGAUCUCAGGGACAUUCAAGCUCUCAUGCCUGUCUCAGAGUCUGCCUGGCUACUAUCGAGACCCAACGCUCCAGGUUGCCUAUAACGUCCCUGAUGGCGUGCAAGGGGUUGGCGACCCCCGUCCAGGACAGCCUUACAAAGGAGGGAAUUUCUAUGCUUUCCUGCCUGACAACAGGGAAGGGCAGAAGAUGGCAAUGCUGCUGAAGAAAGCAUUUGAGCAUGGGCUAACCUUCCAGAUCAAGUCCUGCAAUGGAGAGGAAAGAGUGACAUGGGGCCUUAUCCCACACAAAACCUCCUGGGAUGGAGGCAAAGCCAGGAACGGCUAUCCAGACGCCCAGUAUCUCCGUGAGGUUUGCACUGUACUGAAGAAACUGGGCAUUGCGUGAGACUCCCUGCCUGAGCAGCCGCAGCCCAUGCCUUUGCUUCACCUUCCCUUCCAGCUGACAAAACUGCAGCUUAACACAGACAGCUCAAGAAAAAGCAGGUGUUUGUCCAAGGAGCUCCUGUACUCCCAGAGAUAGCCAGAAGUCUGCACUUUAGUGACAGUAGCACCUCCCUCCCCACCCCACCUGCAACCCCCAGCAUAGAUCACAGCUUCCCUGGAACUCCAGCUCCUCCUGGAUGUAUGUCCUCACCAGCCAGUGACACAGCUUGUUUCAACACCGGCUCCAGGCUGAGCGCUGGUGUGGCUUUCAGCAGCGUAACCCAAACCUGGGCAAACCUGCAUGUAGUCCAGCUCCAGCUUCUGGAAGGCUCUUCCACCUCCAGCCACUACAGGCAGGUUCCAGCCCAGCCACCCCCAGAGCCUGUGCCAGAGUUGAGCUGCCGUUAAUUUCAGCUGUUCACUCAGACAUUUCUGUCCUUGAGCAGACAGCCCCCAGCUGCAGCCCCAGCUCUGGGGCCAGCAGGCAACCUGAUGAUCUCUUGGGGAGAGCAUUAACAGCUUUCAGGGCCCAGGACAGCCACCUCCCCUGAGAAACUGUCCCUGCCUGUAUAUUCUCAGGGGAGAAACACAAAUAAACAAGACUUUUUCCCCAU